AUGGCAAGUGGGUUCAGGCUAAUCUUUGCCACUUCACUUCUGCUCGCACUUUUGGAUCUUUGCAGAGGAAGUACCAUUGGAAUUUGCUAUGGAAGAAAUGCUGAUGAUCUUCCUACACCGGACAAAGCGGCGCAGCUUGUGCAGCUUCAUAACAUUAAAUAUGUUAGGAUUUACGACUCUAACAUACAGGUCCUCAAGGCCUUUGGAAACACUGGCGUUGAACUUAUGAUUGGGGUCCCAAAUUCAGACUUGUUGGCAAUUUCCCAAUACCAAUCCAAUGCAGACACCUGGCUUAAGAACAGCAUCCUGCCUUACUACCCAGCUACGAAGAUCACAUACAUAACUGUUGGAGCUGAAGUUACUGAGAGCUCCAGUAAUUUCUCUGCACAAGUAGUGCCUGCCAUGAGAAAUGUCCUCACAGCCUUAAAAAAGGUUGGUCUGUCUAAGAAGAUUAAAGUAUCAACUACACAUUCUCUUGGUGUUCUGUCCCGGUCAUUCCCUCCCUCUGCAGGGGCUUUUAAUAGCAGCCAUGCAUCAUUUCUGAAACCCCUGUUGGAAUUUCUUGCCGAAAAUCAGUCACCCUUCAUGGUUGAUAUUUAUCCAUACUAUGCUUACAGAGAUUCCCCAUCCAAUGUCACUCUAGACUAUGCUUUAUUUGAGUCAUCCUCAGAUGUUAUUGAUCCAAACACUGGUUUGCUAUACACCAACAUGCUCGAUGCACAGAUUGAUGCUAUAUAUUACGCGCUGAUGGCUCUGAAUUUCAAAACAAUUAAGAUCAUGGUCACUGAGACAGGCUGGCCUUCAAAAGGAUCGCCUAAAGAGACAGCUGCAACUCCUGAUAAUGCCCAAACUUACAAUACCAAUCUGAUUCGCCAUGUCAUUAAUGAUACUGGUACUCCUGCAAAGCCCGGAGAGAGGCUGGAUAUAUAUAUCUUUUCUUUGUUCAAUGAAAAUAGGAAGCCUGGGUUGGACUCGGAGAGGAACUGGGGGUUAUUUUAUCCAGACCAGACAAGCGUCUACAACCUGGAUUUCACUGGAAAAGGUUCUGCGGAUGUGAUUACACAGGCCAAUGUUACCAGUUCGAAUGUGACGACGUGGUGCAUUGCUUCAAGUAAGGCUUCUGAACUUGACUUGCAGAAUGCCUUGGAUUGGGCUUGUGGUCCUGGGAAUGUAGACUGUACCGCUAUUCAGCCUAGCCAACCUUGCUUUGAGCCAGAUAAUACAGUGGCGCAUGCAUCUUUUGCGUUCAACAAUUAUUACCAGCAAAAUGGGGCUACUGAUGUUGCUUGCAGUUUCGGAGGGACAGGGAUUAAAGUCGAUAAGAACCCGAGCUAUGACAACUGCAUCUAUAUGACUGCUGGGAGCAACAAAACUGUGGCAAGUAAUACAACAGCAAUAUCUUCUACUUCAUCCUUCGCCACAAUGAACAGAGUUCCAACAUGGAUGUUUAGUUGCCUUCUAGGGACUUUCAUGUUAGUUCUUUCCAAAAGUUGA